AUGUUUAUCAAAUAACAUUAACAAAAACUCCAAACAAGAUCAAUAUCAAAUGCAUCAGGACACUCAAAUGGAAGAAUGUCAGCUAUGCCUUCUAUGUAAAAUAACACUAUAAAUGCAAUUUGGGAUAUCAAUUAAAUAGGAUAAGAAUUAGAUUGCCAUGAUGAUCCAAUAUUAAAUGAAGCUUUAGAGUUGAUUACGAAUCGAUAAGUCAAUUAAGCAAUUCUCCUUUUAAAUUAAAGUAUAUUUCAAUACUAUAAUUUAUUCUAGUGAUUGCAGAUGGAAAGAAAUAUCUAGGCUAGCAAUCAUAGGUUUAAGUAAUUACAAAAGUCACUUUACUAAUAGUUUCUAGUGCUAUGUCUAUACUUGAAAAUGAUCCUGCAUCUGCAUUAUUAUUACUCUUAGGAUGUGAUUAAAUGUUUAAAGGAUUAACACCUAAACAAUAAGGCUAUUUGAGAGUCUAAAUUCUCAAUGGAUUAGGAUGCUAUUAUAGGAGAGUUGGAUAAAUGGAAAAAGCCUUAAAAGAAUUGGAAUGUGCUUUGGCAGUUAUUCGAAAAUACAACUUAAAAGAGGUUGCAGUUACCCACUUAAAUUUAUCUGUAGUAUUGUCCUUAGUUGAAGAGUAUUUAUAAUUUUAUAUUAGCAAAUAGACAUGAAGGUGCAUUAGAGAAUGCUAAGAAAGCGGUUACUGAAAGUCAUAAAGAAUAUUAAUAUUAUAUAAAGAAUCAUGUAUCAAUGUAAAACUUUAAAUUCUAACGUUGUGUAAGUGCUCUUGCAAUAUCCUUUUAUAAUGUAGGAGUUCAAGAAUAACAUUUUUAAAAAUAUUAAUUUGCUUUAUAAGCAUAUGCAUCAGCUUUUAAAGUAGCAGAAGAUAAUUUAGGUAUUCAUCAUUACUUAACAAUUUAAUUGAAAGCCAUAUAUGAAGAGUUUGCUAGAUAAUUAGCUAUUGCUGAAGCAUAAAAAAUUGCUAUUACAUCAUUAAAUCAUAAAUUUUAAAUUAGAGCAAAUAUUACAAGUCAAUAUGCCUAAAGUGCAUUAAGAAAUCAAAUUACUGACACUACAAAAAAAGUAACGGAUAGAUUAUUUUAAUCAGAAACUAAAAGAUUAGGACAUAGUCUUAGACCAUAAUCAGCUAUAAUGACAUAAUCUUAAUCAUAAAAAUUAAAAGCAUUUGAAAUAACUAAAAAGGAAGCAUUUACUAUAAAAAAAUAAAUGUCAGCAACUAAUAGAACUUUAAAUCAAGUUAGUGAAGAGAAUUUAAAAACAGAUACUGAAAUUGCUGAAAAAGCUAAAGCAUUAUAAUAAGAUAUUGAAAAUCUUAAAAUUGUAAAUUUAAUAUCUAUAUAUAUUUAGUAAGCAUAAAAAGAAUAAGAAGAAUUAAAGUACAUUUAAGAUUAAAAAUAGAGAGAAUUACAAAAAUUAGAAGCUUUUCGUUAUAUGAAUUAAUAAAUUCAUUAAUAAAAAUUAUAAAAGAAUACUCCUUAAACAUCUAGAGAGAUAAAAAAAUCAUCUGAAUAAUAAUAGAAAUAAAUAUUUAAUACUGAUCCUUUUAUUUAAGAAUAAUUAGAUGAUAGUGAACCUUAACCUUUGGUUGCAGUUUAAACAAUAAAUAAUAGAGAAUCUAAAACAGAUGAAGAUGAGGAACAUUAUUUAACUAAUGAGAAAUUUAAUGAUAAAAUUAAUAAAAAUGAAAUCAAUUAAGAUUAUGAUAAAAAAAGAUCAUCAAUGACAAGAGAUGAAACAUUAUAAAGUUUUACUAAAAAAUUAGAUUAUGAUUAAGAAUCAUCAAGCAAAAAUAAUUUUGGAUAAUAAAAUAUAUCUUGUAAAUAAAUUGAUGAUCUUGAAGAAAUAGUUGAAGAUAUAAAUGAAGUUAAUUUAUAAUAGAAUUAAUAAAUUGUUGAAAAUAAAGUUGAUGAAAUAAUUUAAUAAAAUGCCUAAAAACUUCAUGAAGAAUAAAAACUAUAACAUAUUAUUUUUAUAUAAAAAUAAUGGAAAUUAAGCAAUAAUAAAUUAAUAUCAAGAAUUUAAUAAAUUAGAUCUAAAUAUUAAGAAUCUAUUGAUCAUUAAUUUAUUAAAAUUAAAGAUUAAAAUAAUCAAAUGCAAAAUGGAUAUUUAUUUAUAGCUUGGAAUUCAUAAGAAUUAUCAUAAAUCGAUUUAAUAUUUUAUAAUCUAUUCACUUUAAGAAAAUCAAGUAAAAAAAGUAAUAAUAUUUCUUAAAAAUUGGAUCAUAUAUUCAUCCUUAACAUAAAUUCUUCUUUUAAAGUUAACAAAGAAUUAAUUAUUUAAUUUCAAGAUGAACUACUACCAUUUCUAAUCAUAAAUUCUACUCAAAUAACUUUAUCCUCUAUGGAUCCUUACAUUUAAUUUAAAUAAAAAAAUAAUGAUAAUUAAAUUCGAUAUGAUUUUAAUUUAUAAAAAUUAGAAUAAAUAUUACCAAAAAUAGAGGAAUAAUAAUUAAAUUACAAUACUCCUAUUACAAUAGCAGAUAUAUAAUAAUUUAAUUCAGAUUCAAUAGUAAUUCAUAAAGCUGCUCAUACAAAUCCAGAUUAAAUUUUUUCUAAAGUAGAACCUUUUUAAGAUGUUCCUUUAGUUUAAGAAUAAAUUGAUGAAGAAGAGUAUAUGUAAAAAAAUAGUUAGGCUGGAUCUGUGAAAAAGGAAUAAAUUGAAGAGGAAUAAAAUUAAAAUAGUGAAGGAUAUGUUGAAAAAGAAAACUCAAAUGAUGAAAGAAUUAAUCAAACUGGUCAAUUCAAUAAUAAUUUAUUAUCAUCCUAAGGAAUAUUAUCUGAAUUUGAUAAAAAUGAAGAUGAAAAUUAAAAAUAAAAAUAAAUUUAAUAGACUGAAAUAAAUUAAAAUUUAGAUUUCACUCUAUAAUUAAAUACAAUGAGUGCUAAUAAUUCUAUGGUAGGAUCUUCUAAUAUUGGUGAAACAGAUAAUUACAAUUAAUAAUAAUAAAUAGUUUUACAAAAUAAUAUUCCAAAUGGUACUAAAGAUAAAAUAUCAGCUAAUAAUACAAUUAUUGAAGAAGAUGAGGAUGAAAAGAAAGAUCUUGAAGGUAAUGAAAUUUAAGAAGAAGAAAAUACAAAUUAAAAUAAAUAACUUUUUAAUGCUACUCAUAAUCUUGCAUCAAAAAAUGAAAUUUCUCAAAAUAAUAUAUAAGAUUAAAAAAUAUCAGAUUAAUAAAGUGAAUAAUCAGAAUCAUAAAUGGAUAGUUAAACAUCUAUUGAAUAAAAGCAUUAAACAUAAACUUUAGUUGUACCAAAUGAUGAAAAUAAAAUAUAUGCAAAAUAAGUUAGUUUGUAAUUACCAGAUUUAAUGAAAGAUGAUAUUAGUUAACAUUCAGAUGAUGAAAGUAUGAUAUUAUUUUUUAUUUUUUACUAGUAUCUCUUACAAAUAAUUAUACAUUUGAGAAAGUUGGUAUUAUUACUGGAAUUAAUAAAAAUGAUGGAUCACUCUUUUCUAUUAAUAUUUUCAUCAAUAAAGAAUAGGAAUUAUUCUAAGCAAAGGCAGAAGAUUUUAAAGUUAAAUCUACUUAUUUUAAAGUUGAAAAUGUCAAAAAAACUAUUAAAAAACCUUAAAAAUAUUUGAAAGGAUAUAUAGUAAAUUGGCAUAAUGAAAAUGUUUUAAAAGUUUAUACUAAAGCACAUGAAAAGGCAGUAAUUAAACUUCAAAAGAAAUUUAAAUUUGAUCACUAUAGAAGACAUGUUACAUUUAAAUUAGCUAAAUCAAAUAUAGAGGGAAGUUUGUAUGUAGGAUCAAGAAAAUAAGUUAUAUACUUAGCUAUAGAAACAAAAAAUACAUAAUAAAGAAAUUCAUAUACUUUUAAAAAUGAAAAUUAUAGUUAAUUUGUUAAUAGAAUUUCUUUCCGUGUUCUUAAUAAUUUAAAAUACUCUGAAGAAAAAGGAAUUUAUUUACUCUAAGAACCUUAACAUAGAAUAUUAGCACAAAAUUUAUAAUGUAAAUUUUAAUAUCAUUUAUAGCUAAAAUAUUUAAGUUAUUAAAACCUGAAAAUGCUUUUGAAUUUAUAGGUUAUGGUUUAUUGAAUGGUAUUUAUGAUUCAGUGCAUAAAAAAAUAAUAAUUGCAAGUGAUAAUCGUAAGACUCAACCAUCAUAAGUUGAUAUACCUAAAUCCUUAUAAGGAGAUUAAUUAAUUUAGUUUGCCUAAAACUUAUUGAAUAGAGUAAAUUACAUAAUAUAUUUUAGUCUUUUAUAAUUUAAUCAAACAAUGAAACAUGUGUUGUUUAUUAUGAAGAAAAAGAUGAAGAUUAAGCAAAGAUUAUUCAAAAAAAAUUAUUUAUGUAUUAAACUAUUAGAAAGAUGAUUAUCAAUUAUCAUAGAAUUCACAAUGGUCAAAUAAUAUAGGAAGUGAUAACAGUUGAAUUAUAAAGAAAAUUGAAAAAAUAUUUUGGAAUAUUAUGUUAAAAAAAGUUUUAUUUAAUAGGAAAAUUAUAGGAAUAAUCCAUUAAAAAUCUAAUAACUAAUUUUAGAAGGAUUAUAAGUACAUUUAUUAUAUAUAUGGAUGAUUAAGUUGAAUUAGAUAUUGAUUCUAUUAAAGAAUUUGUUAAUGAAGGCCAAUUUACUAAUUUAUUGAGAAUGGAUCUUAAAAGUGUGAUUCAUUAAAUCUGA